AUGAAUAGAGUAAUUGCCUUUGGGUUUGCCACCUAUGAAUCAUUGGUUUAGAAACUGAACGGUGCAUAAAAUGCCACAAGUCUCUUCAAAGUAUAUUAGGAAAACAAAGAUCAAUUUAAACAUGAACAUAUAAUACUAUCUUUAAGAGUGCUUGGCAGAUUUAGUCGUUAUAUAAAUUAAGAUAAUAGCUAUGCUGAGUUAACAGGUAAAUUAAAUGACAUAGUUGGUCAAUUGACUGAAUAUGGUAAUGAAUAUCUUUGAUUUAGAUGUUGUGGAUGUAUUAUUUUGGCUAAGAAAAUUUAGAUUAAAUCGAAUUCCAACAAAUAUCACUAAUCAAACCCAAAAUCUUCUAUUUUCAAAAAUUUAAGAGAUGUCUGAUAAUUAAAUGUUUUCAUUUAGAAACAUGUGCAGCGUUUAUUAUGAUUUAUCAAUACUUAACUAAUUUAAUGAGAGUUUGGCUAAAUGCAUAUCAGAAUAGAUGUUAACAUCUAAAUAAUUGUCUCCAUUCCUCAUAAUCUAGUUAUUGAAUAUUGUUAUCGUCAAAAUUACUCAUUGCAGUCUUAAUAGAUACGAUUAGAUAAUUCUAACUAAUUCUAUUAAAGCAUUGGACAGUAUGUUUGACAACUUUGAUAUUGAAUAGGUAUCAAAAAUACAUAAAUAUUUUUAUAGAAAGCUUAGCUAUUUAAAGUUUGUGCUGAAGUACAAUUUUAAAAUCUUCCUACGAAAUUUCAAUUACCAAUUUAGGUUAAAAGGAUCAAGGAUUCUUUGUUAGAAAAAAGAGACCAAUUACAGGAAGACUCAAUCAUCAAUAUUAUCAAGGCUUAUGAAUAUCUCCCAAGAUAGUUUGAUCUUGAUCUACUUAAGGAAUUAAAAGAUAUGAUUUUGAGCACUUUGGACGAAAAUCCAUAAAGCUUUUCUGACAAAUUCAUAGUUUAACUUUCAGAGAGAAUGAUCAAAAUGACUAAUUCAAGAAUGUCUUAGGAAAACAUUAGAAAAGUGCUCGUUGAGUUAAGUAAAAGAAUAUCCAAUAAUACCAUUGAUGCUGCAUCAUUAAAUUAAUUGAUGCCAACUCUAAUGAAAUAUAGAAGGGUAGAGGAACUUAUCUAAGUCUUUUAAAAGUUAGAAGACAAAAGCGCAAGAGUAUUGAGUUACUUGUUUAUCCAUGCAAUCAAUCUCAAUGAAUAUGUUAAUAAGUUCAUGUAGAAUAGAGAUUAGAAAAAGAUACCUUUUAAUUUAGCCAUCUAUUAUGUAGUUUAUGCUAAUAGAGAUGCAAAGGAACAUUUUGAUACUUUGUUAAAGGUAUGCAAAGAGUAAAUUGAGAAUCAUCCGCUUUAAUCGCUUAAAACACUAAAUGAUAAUGAACUCAAUUACUAAAUCAAGUAUCAACUUUAGGAAGAAGCUUAUUUAAAAUUGAUUGAACUUGUCAAACAAUAAAAAUAUGAUUUCAUUAGAGUAAUUAAAGAAUUAGUAAAUUGUUGUUGCAAUAAUAAAUCCAGAAGUGCUCUCCUCUAACUCUACGAUCAAUUAGGCCCUAAGGCAAAUCCUAGAUAGGUGAUGCAAAGACUUGUUUAAGAUGCUGAAUCAUUUGAUUCUGAAGCUUUUUCUACACUUCUAUAAAUCUUGUAGAGAGAUCCAAAAAACAUUCCCAUUCUAAGAUUUGUAGAUUAUAUGACUAUUAAUUAAAAUAGAUUUUUGGAACUUAUCAAAAGCGAUCAACUUAUAUGGGCUAUCAAAAUAUUAGUUUCUGCUUAUUAGGCUCAACCUGAUUAAAAGCUGUAUCCAAUUGUCAAUUUUGCUUUCCGAUUUGAAAAUAUUGGAUACCUGAGUAAACAUGUUGGUACUGCACUCAAGAAAAUCUCUGAAUUGUUUAGAAAGAGAAAUCCUAACUCCCCUUAUCCUGACCCUAUUUUUGUUAAUUUGUUAAUCUCCCAUAAUGUAAUGACUCCAGAAGAAGCUGCAAUUCAACUAAACUAUGAAAAGGUUCAUUAACAUACUAAAGUCUAAUUAUGUGGAAUUGCAUUAUAAGCGGACAAUGUCCCACAAAAUAUUAUUCAAUUAAGAGAUAAAAUUAAAGAAGGAUGUCUCAAAGCCUUAGAGUAAGAUGUCAAAUUUUUACCAAUCCUAGAAUUGGUCACAUUGGGCGAUUUAUCAAAUGAGGAAUUUAUUAAUAUCAAAUCCAAAAUCUAAUUGAUAUUACCUUAAUUGUAACCUAAAUAAUAUUUUGAAUUAAUCAUUUAUGCCAAGGACUAUUAAAUCUUAAAAGAAUUGGCAUCAUCAUUUAGUGAGUUUGCCCAAAAGCUUGGUAUUAGUAGGGUCAUAAGAGCAGUAGACAAAUUUGCUAAAUACCAAAUCCAAAAUCAGCUGGUUUACAAUUCACUUCUUGAAUCAUAUGGUUAUUCAUUUUAUGCUAUUUUUAAUGAACAAAGAGUCUAGAUAUUAGAUAUAUUUUCAUAAGCCAAAAUUAAAUAGCCUGAUCUAUUCAAAAGAACACUUGAAAAAAUCAAAUAAUAACCUUAACCCUACAAAAGCUUUUUCUAUGAAGUUCUAGAGUAUUGUACCAAUUUAGGUUUUGUUGAACCAGAAUUUGUAGAAUUGAUCAAUUCAAUAACAGAUAAAAUGCAAAUUUCAGGUUCAACUGCUCUCAAAUUGUUGUAAUAUCAAGUCUUGACUGAUCAACCUAUUGAAGUUAUAGAUAAAACUUCAGAACUCAUAAUUGAUGCUAAAUACAAGGAUAAUUUUAAGUCUGCCUUGAUUUAUGAAAUAUUACAGAGAAAAUACCCAAAAUCUAAGGCAGUUAAAGCUCAUGAAAUAUUCCUUAAUGAAGAAAAGUUCUCAAAGUGUAGGUAUCAAAUUGCCAAUCCAAAUAAUAAACUAAAUUUUUCAUAUGAAUUUUGUAUCCAAUAUAUCAAUUUAUUGGGAGUAGAAGUAUAAGCCAAUAAAUGUGUUGAUGGUAUCAAUGUUGACUUUUACUUACCCUCAAUGUAAUUAUCUAUUCUAUGUAUAUAGUGAUGCAUCUCUCUUUAUUGUUCAUCAUAACCUACUAAAUUUUGAUUAAGCAACAAUGAAUGGAUUAGGAAUUUUGUAAAAGAAAUUGUUGGAAACCAUUACUAAAUAGAUUAUAAUUGUUAACUUUAAAUAACUUGCACAAUUAUAAACUCAUGAAGAUAGGGCAACAUAUCUAAUGAAUUUAGGUAUUCUCCAUAUAGAUAAAUUUAGGCAUACCAAUCAAAGUAGAUAUCACGAAAGUGGAUUAUAGUUCUCUUAAACCAUAUGACAAAAAUGAAAAGGAUAAGUCUAAUUUGUAGCAAUCAAAAAGCCACUUAAGAAAAUAAUUUGGAAAAUUAGAUUAUCAAUAAGAUCAAUUCGACAAAGAUUGA